CGGAUCCCAGGUGGAGGGGAAGUCGUUUUCCAGGCAUCGGCGCGCCGACUAUGGAGUUUCUGAGGCUACGAGGCUUUAGUAUGUCAUUAGUGAUUUGGUGGCGAAAAAGUCCACACUUGUUGAAAGUCAGCCGGCGUGUGCAAGCAUCAUCUUUGAUUCAAUUUAAUGUUCGCGUUAAAUAAGCAAAUUUGAAACUAGGAAGUGAGGAGAUUUUUUAUGGGAUUCAAUACAAUAAUGUGAUAAAUUUGAAAACUGAAACCUCAGCUUAAGAUGGAAAUCGGAGGUUGCAGAAAGUUCUAUAGGAGCUGCUCUACUAGGUCUUCCAGUAAGCCAACCGUUAGUUUACCAAAAUCUUCGUAUUCUUCGCCUACGCCACCUCCAAUUAAAAGCCCGUUCAUCGAAGGGGGAGAGAAUUUCCAAGACUUCUUCGAAGCAGCUGCAAUUGGCUCUCCCAAAUUGUCACUAAGCAGCCCCACAGAAACAGAGAGAUGUCUUUCGGAACACAUCCCAGGACAAUUUCCGCAACACUCUCCGCGUUCGCCCCGAACACCGCGAUCACCUCGUACCACCAAUACGAAAUUUUCAUUCGACUCCUACUCUAAAAUGGCCCCCGUGCAAAGAAAUGAACAUCCUAACGCUAUAGGCAAGACGUGCCACUCUUUAGACUCUGACACGCAUACGAUGACUACUUCAAAGUGUUCUACGACCACCACUAGCUUGAGUUCUCGUCAUUCGUCCCUGAAAGAGAAAAGGGGGAGACCAAGUUAUCACAUUCCGGCGGACUCUUCGCACGACUUAACCUCAACCGAGAAACCCAAAAUUCAUCGCUGCCGGAAGUCAACGUCUGAUUUAACAGAUAUGACUGACGCUUCUGCUAAUAACACCACAGCAACCGCUUCAAGUAGAUCUAGACGCGGCUCCAUCAAAGGCAACCUUGCUUAUUUGGCAAGCAGGAAGAAUUCCAGAGGUUCGAGAGAGUCGGUGUCGUCGAUCAUGAGCAACGCAUCGGAUUGUGAAGGUUUGGGCCCCCUCAACUUCCAACAUCCUAGAAAUAGACAGAGACGUACUUCAAAUUUUUUGGAAUUACCUGUUCCAGAUCAUAUCAGACCUAGAGUGUGUUCACUGCCCGAAAAAACCCUUAAUCCACGUCUAAGCGACGAUCUGUAUCGCUUGAGGACGUUCAGUAUUACUAACAAAGGCGUCAUAAAUUGCGGAGAUUCCAUCAUCAACAGGAGAUCGAGAUCAAAUACCAGCGUCAAUUCCAUAACCAGCAGAUCAAAUGCAUCCGGAGAAAGAUCCCCAUUUGAUGGUUCUUGUUGCGGAUCCGGUUACCAUUCAGUGGGUUCAUCCUCUCUGGAAUCUGCUGAUGAAAUAGAAGUACCAAAAUACAGGGUGGUGAUGCUCGGUGAUGCAGGGGUAGGAAAAACUGCUCUGGUAUCUCAGUUUAUGACAUCAGAAUAUAUGAAUACUUACGAUGCUAGUUUAGAUGACGAGUUUGGCGAAAGGACGGUAUCUGUUUUGUUAGAUGGACAAGAAUCAGAAAUGGUAUUCAUCGAUCAUCCAGCUUCAGAAAUGUCGGUUGAAAAUUCAAUGAGUACGUACGAACCUCACGCCUGCAUAGUUGUUUAUUCCAUAACAUCAAGAAACACUUUCCAAAUAGCCGAGGAGAUAUUAAACUACUUGUGGAAAGAACGGUACACGAAAGAAAAGAAUGUGAUUGUCGUGGGAAACAAGGUAGAUUUGGCAAGAUCGCGAGCAAUAUCACAAAAUGAGGGCAAAGCGUUAGCGGUGGCCAAAGAUUGCAAAUUCAUUGAAACUUCGAGUGGAAUACAACAUAACGUGGACGAGCUUCUAGUAGGUAUUUUGAAACAGAUCCGACUUCGAGAAAAUUUGGAGAAAAAGAAGAAUCUGAGCAGGGAAAAAGGCCGACUGCCCACUUCAAAAACGAGCUUCCGACUUCAUCUGGCUAAAGAAAUACUGCAGAAGAUUUGCUUAAAUGACAUUAGCAAGUCCAAAUCAUGCGAGAACUUGCACGUCUUGUAAUUUAAGCUCUUAAUAUGAGAAUUGUUGUUUCUUGUUGAAAUGUAAAUUUUUUAAACAACCUGACUUUUGAUGCUUUGUCAUGUACUGUAGAACUUUUGUAAUCGUGUUCGCUAAUUCUUUUUACUACGAAAAAAUCUUUUAACUUGAAAAGACUGGUUUUAGAUUAGUUUUAAGAAUGGAAUUGCAUUAAGAAUUGCCAAUGAUUUUUGAAGACUUGAGGUUAAUUAGAACCAUAUUCAAGGAUCUUGAAAUAUAGACAAAAUGUUUUGUGAUAUGAAAAUGGAAGGCUAUAAACAUUUUUUAAUUACUACUUACAUUUCGAGUUCAUUCUUCAUUAAUUGUUAUAGUUGAAGGAUAACGGGAAUGUUUUAUGUUUCCAAUAUGAUAAUAGGUACUAGCCAUUUACAGUUUUCACUGGAAUUAAUCUGUCAGCAAAUAAUUUAUUUUAUUUAGAGUUUAAACAAUCUGGGAGACAUUUUUAAAUAAGUAUAUCAUUCUUGCAUAAGCAUGGCCCAUUAUUGACGUCGUUAAAGCAUUCUAAUCAUCUGAAAAUCGCUCAAAAGCUUGUCCUUUAGCCAAGGUUAAGUUUGUUAACCUGGUUAGAAAUUUACAGAUGUUAAAUCCAACAUUUUUUCAUAAAUAAUUACACAGGGCACUCUAUAAAAAUAGUUGGUUAAUAUGGACGCAAGAGAAAAACCAAGAUACUCAUUUUCAAUAAGAUUUGCGUUUAUUUUUCAUUUUAUGAAAAGUUGAAAAUGAGUGACUUCUCGACUUACAACAAUCUAUUACAAUAAACAAGAGAUGACGCAUUCAAAAGUUUAAAUGCAUUUAAACAUUAUGUAGUAGCUUUUGAUCCUGAUUGUAAGGCUUUUUACAUGGUAGAUUAUACAACCAUAAUUGCCAACAAUUAUUAUUAUUAUAUUAUUAUAUAUUGCCAAUCCACAUGAAGACUUUGCGCCACUCAAUUAAUAAUACCACUAAAUGUUCUGCUUUCCUAGGUUUUUCCAAACAAAUUUUUCAACUUAAUUGCUAAAACUAUGGAUUCACUAAUUAGUUUUCCAGGUUGCGAAAAAAAAAAUUCUGUUAUUUGCAUUGAUAAUUGAUAAGUUUUUUUUCAGAUUUUGUCAGAUCUGUGGGAAAAGAUGAAUUUUAGAGACCUAGCUAACGACCACGCAAAUAUGCUGUAUAAAUGGAUAAAAUGAUUUACAUCGUUGAUAAUGGAACUAACUAAACUAAGCUCACCAACUGUACAUCUCAGUGUACGUCUUUAUCCUUCUACUUUCUUUUUGAAAGUGCUUGGAGUUGUGCUCGACUAUAUUCGUUAAUGUUAAUUUUCAAAAUUCGCAAAUUUUCGUAUUUCAAGUUGGUUUCUAAAUGAAAGAAAUGGAGAACUUGUGACUUACAUAAAUAUUUUUAGUUUUAUGGAGCAUGUGAGCUAAUAUUUUAAGGAAUGACAUAUUAAGGGCGACUUACAAUUAAAGUGGUAAAAUUAUAUAUACUAAAUAAGUAUCUGGUAAACAACCGAUGUAUCUUAAAUCAUAUAUUUUGAAACAUGCACACUGCUGCCACGUUUACACCAACGUGAGUUAAGUAAGACUUCAAUAUUUUGAAAAUAAACUAAUAAAUUAAUUUAGUAUAAUAAUAAUUAAUAUAGUAGAGUGCAUCAAAACUAGAGUUUUUGAAAUCAAUUUCUCUCUUUUUUUAUAUUCUUGAUUUCGAAUUUAGUAGUCAACUCCAAAGUUUUGGUUUUAGUAAGUGACAUACCAUGUUCAUUUUUGCUGCUCUAAAACAAAAUAAUUAUAUUUAAAAAGGACUAAUUAUUUUUAGUCAUAAGAAUCAAAAACUUAACAACGCAGCAUAAAGUGAAACUAAUUUAAAGUUUGAAGUGUUAAAUAAUUAUAUAUGCAAUAUAUAGUGUUACUUAUUUUAUUUGGCGCAUAUUUGGGAAAUAUUUUUUUUCUUGCACGCUCACAAUGUGCCAAUAAGAUUCUUACUUGUUCAUGAGAGGGAUCUUUACCCUUCUUUGAGAUUUUGUAAGAAAUGGAGUGCCCGUUAUAUCAGCGGUCACCGUGGGUAUUUUUUCUUUUUCAUUUCUUUCGGAGGUUACUAGAGGACCAUGAAUUAUUGAAGUUUACAUGGUGGAAAUGUGUUUUUCAGCAGUCCCAAAAAUUUUCUAUGACAUUGUCGGGAAACGUCGUACUUUUAUAAUCAAGUAAUUAAGAUAAACAAAUGGGUUUCCCAAUAACCAUGAAAAAUAUGAUAGGUAUCUUGUCGGGAAUUUAAACAGUUACACUAGUACACUUUACUUUAAUUUGUAUAAAAUUUCAUAAUUAAAGAAUAUAAACAAUAUUGGAAAAAAUGACAUCCUAACUGAAUGACAGGCGUGUCAGUGCUGGCACAUGAGCAUUUUUGGCAACACAUAUCUUCAAAGAUAAAAAACUUCAUAAUUAAAAUAUUUGUCUCUCAUGAUGGCCAGCAUUGGUUAUUAUAAUAAACUUUUUGUUUUUGUAUUUUAAAUGGCAUUAAUUAACAAUUAACUUAACUUAACAAAAACAUUCCAAUUUUUCAGAUUCUACUCUACCCACUAAAAUUGUUUCCAUUUUUCCGAAUUUUCAUGAAAAGUAAGGUUCAAAUUGCUCAUAAACAGGGACAAUUAAUAUCCAUUUUGGAAACGGCAGUUACUUUCUUCACGUUGGUUUACAAACCUUUUCUUAAUAAUCUUGUCUAUACUUAUUGGAUUUUUUUUUAAAUUGUUUGUGUUGUGACUGUGCGUUAUAAUAAGCUAAUAAGUUCUCUUUGUCGCAUUGAUUUUUACCAAUAUGUACUUUUAUUUUUCUUCCGUUGUAUAAAUGCUUAAAAGUUCCGGUUCAUACAUAAUCGUUAAUGUCUAAAACAGGACGCACUCGAAACCAAUUGGAAUUCGAAAGUUUUUGCGUUUUGUUGAAAAAAACAAUUUAUCCUCGGCCUUUUAAAAAAAUACUCCUGCAAAAUUACCGUUAGCAGAGGAAAUCCAAAUAUCCAGCAUAUCUAUUAUCAGCCCCAGUUCAUGCAAAAAUGCCUCGUUGAUUCAGGUACCCCUCUACAUAUUAGGAGACCUAUAUAUGUGAACUUUGUAGAGCUAAGUGUGCCAAAGAACAAAAUUUGUUCGAUAUACUUAGAACAAAAUAGUAUUCUAUGAAUGACAAAUUUUCUAAAUCCCACUAAAUUUAAACAAACACUAUUUGUUUAUAUACUAUAUUGUACCGGUGUUAUACUUAUCUCUAUUGUAACUUUUUGACACUGAAAGAGUAUAUUUUCACUAAACUUUAUAUGACAAUCGAAUUUCUUUUAAGUAGGUACUUUUCUAUUGAUGUUUAGUGCAGUCCUUAAUUUUGUGUAGAAUAGGAAAUAAAGUCCUAGAGAAAUCCACUUCGCCGUUUAUUUUUACAAAGGUUUAGUUUAAUAAAUUAGAGAUAAGCUAAAACACGACCUGAAGAAUAAUUUUCUCAGAUGUCGAUAUUUGUGGCCGACGAGGUCUAACAAUCGACCCCAGUUACCUAAUUAACACAAACUUUUUUAAAACCUUGAAGAUAUUGCUAAAAGAUUGACUAAUAUUUUAUUAGAAAGUAUUGUUGUACUUUACAGUAACUUAUAAAUGCUUUGAACUAUCGGUUACUUGUUCACCUCAGUCUUUACUCGGUUACUUCGGCACGUUGACGUCCGCUGCAAUUUUUGAAUGUGUUGGAGUUUUUAUAAGGACAGGGUCUGGCUGAACAAUUUCGAAUUUAAAAUGUUUAAAACAAAGUUAAUUUGCAGCCAUAGGGUGGCGCUCUCAAUUUAAUUCAAACAAAGUUAUAAAUACCGAACGUUGUGGAUAAGCUUAUUCCUAAGAAUCAAAAUUUAAGCAGAAAAGAAUAUUCGCAGUGUCCGCGUUUAUCAACAUUACCACAAAUUUUAUGAAGAGGUUUGAAGAUAUCCUAAAUUUAUAAAUUGGUCACAUCAGGAAUUAAAAGUUGAUCAUCAGCACAGGGGAUGAACUUAAGCACAACAUUUUAACACAGUAUGGAACAUUGUUGAAAAACAACUUAUCGUAUUUCGAUCAUCAUACCUAAUCGAAAAGGCUUUCAGUGUGCUUACGAAUAUUUUGACAAAACAAAAAAAACGGUUUGCAAAUGAACGAACACUAAGAUUUAAGACUGCAACUUACGCACAUUGAACCAGACUUAGCCAGAUUGGUGGAAAGUCAUCAAGUUCAUUCCUCAUGGUUACAUUCAAGUUUAGCAUCAUAAAAAUUAUGAAUUUAAAAAAUAAUUUUGGUUUUCGUUUAACGAGUUCUGGAUAUUGCCAAGGACCUGGGUAUUACGUUUAGUUUUUUUGGUAGGUAGCUUUAACACUACAUUUUUUACUUUAACAAAAGCGCUGUGAGCACCCAAGAAUUGUAAAAUAUGCUAAAUUCAUAAAAUUUGUAUUGCCAAUCAGUCGCUAAUAAUUAGAACACCAAAUGCAGUUUAAAAUAUUAUCUAAUAUCGUCAAUUUUUUCGUUUUCAAAUAAGCUCAGAAAUGAGUUUCUAUGUAUAAUUUUUUGAAGUUUUCUGUACUAUAUUUUUUAAUUUUCAGGUAGGCUGAACCUUUUUUAACUGUAUUAAUUUGUUUCGUGGUGAUUAUUUCACAGUUAGCAAGUGUUGUACAUUAUUCCGUAUUAUGCCGUAUACAACUAUAUCUUCUGUCAACGUAAGGUUUACCAAGAAUUAAAGCUAUACAAUGUAGCUUCCAAGAUUUGUCUAUUGUUUUCAAGUUUUUUUUUUAUUUGUUAGGCUAUAAUUUUGACAUGCAUUCUUAAUAAUAAUAUUCAGUGUUCCGUAAUGAAUGCACUUAAAACAGUCCAAUUUUAAACUCGUGGAAAUCCAUAUUGAAUCAAAUAUUACUUAGUAAAAUUUUGAGAGAGUUAAGUUUUAAAGUUUAGUUAUCGUUAUUAUUAUUAUCGUUUAUAGCCUAAGUUGUUUUUGAAAUAUAGGCAGUGAAGAUGAGGAUU